GCUGGUAUCCGUGGUUGGUGUCUGUUUAUAGCAGUGAGGAAAAUCAACAUCCGUAUCAGGAACUCCCUGUUCACAGCCAUCCUCAGACAAGAGAUUGGAUUCUUUGACAAAGUUCAGACAGGAGACAUAACAUCUCGCCUGACCUCUGACACAACCACAAUGAGUGACGGCCUUGCAGUCAAUGUGAACAUUAUCCUGCGUAGUGUCAUAAAGGCAGGGGGCGUGUUAUUCUUCAUGAUGAAAUUGUCUUGGCAACUAACUAUUGUCACAUUGAUUGGACUGCCUCUCAUUAUCGGUAUAUCAAAUGUGUACGGGAAAUAUUAUAAGGUUCUGGCCGAGAAGGUCCAAAACAGCCUAGCAGAGGCCAACAACGUAGUGGAAGAGGAUUGUUCUACUAUGAGGACGGUCAGAAGCUUCGCUAACGAGAUGGGGGAAGUACAGAGGUAUGCGGACAAGCUUGCAGAAACAUCCAAACUCAACAUGAAACAGGGAUUCACGUACUCCGGUUACGUUGUUUGCUCCAUGUGGUUUGAACUAGGUCUUACCGUAGCAGUGCUGUACUAUGGUGGUCAUCUCGUUACCAGUGGUCAUCUAACUGGAGGCACCCUCAUCUCCUUCAUACUCUACCAAGUACAACUUGGGAACUGUCUCAAUGAUAUUGGCAUUGAAUACACUGGUCUGAUGGAGGCAGCUGGUGCCUCAGAGAAGGUGUUUGAAUAUAUAGACCGGGUACCAGCCAUACAUAAUCACGGAACCAAACAACCAGCUGAACAUCACCACGGUGACCAAAGUUACCAGUCAUGUGAUCAAGUGCAGGGCCAUAUCGAGUUCCAGGACGUAUGUUUCACCUACCCAUCCAGGCCUGAUGUACAGGUUCUCAAGAACCUCAGUUUUUCUGUACGUCCCGGCGAGGUCAUAGCAUUGGUUGGCUGUAGUGGUGGCGGCAAGACGUCAUGCGUAAACCUGCUGGAGCACUUCUACGAGCCUGACAGUGGACAGGUGCUCCUAGAAGGGCGGCCAAUACACACUUACGAUCACAGCUUUCUGCAUAGACAGGUAUCCCUGAUGGGCCAGGAACCAGUGUUGUAUGCUCGGACUAUAGAGGAGAAUAUCCGGUAUGGCCUAGCUGAGCAUGAGUGGACAAUGUCCAGUGUCCAGGAAGCUGCGGAGAUGGCCAACGCCCACAAGUUUAUCUCAGAAUUGAAGGAUGGAUACAAUACACAGGCUGGAGAAAAGGGAGUUCAAAUGUCAGGGGGUCAAAAACAACGAAUCGCAAUUGCUCGAGCCCUACUGAGGAAGCCAUGUGUCCUGUUACUUGACGAGGCUACGAGCGCACUGGAUGCAGAGUCCGAGUUUCUGGUGCAGCAGGCGCUCUACAGGAAUAUGGCAGAACGCACAGUGAUUGUCAUCGCACAUAGGCUUAGCACCGUGGAGAGGGCGGAUAAAAUUAUCGUCAUUGAUAAGGGACAGGUAAUGGAGAAAGGCUCACACCAAGAGCUUCUGCAAUCGAAAGGGAUGUACGCCAAUCUUGUAAAAUGACAGUUACAGCUCACUGAUUCUAGCUGGUCAGGUGACCUCACUCAAGGGAGACAACCUAGCAUUCAAGGGAAGGAACUGGAAAUCCAAGAAAGAGAAUCAUCAACAAAGGGAGAUCAUUUGAGAGAUAAUUAUGUGUGUUCAUGUUGUGGAAAAAAUGUGGAAAAGGGAGUUAAACCUGAUUUACAAGAGGAUGGUAGUACAUCUAGAUUACGAUAUCGUGAUAGGUUUCGAACCAGGGAUCACAUGAAUUUCCUUGUUGGGUCAGUUUAAGAUAUCUGUUUUGAAGAUAUAAUGAGGUUGUGGAAUGUCACUUGGAUGAGUGUGUGUAUGUGUGGGCAACUUCGUAUGAGCUUCAUCAACCAGCUCUUGUACUUUGUACAAGUUUACGGGAAAUAAAGGUUAAAAUGAAGCAUCUUGCAAUAUAUAUAUACAAUUAUAUACAACAGUAUUUAUCACUAAAAGCUUGAUUAACUUUAUGUUUGCAAUGCAAGUACAGUUGUAUUCUAAGUUUUAUUAAAGAAUUUGCACUUGGUAGUCGGUACAAGUUGUGUAUCCCUUAUUUGUAUUGUAUGAGUUUUAUUGAAGCAAACUAUUUUGAAGUCCAUUAGUUUUAAUGUGACAUGCUAGUCUUACUGCUCUUUUUUAAGGUUAGUGUUAUUUAAACUGAAUGCUGUUAGAAAUUCAGGUACAUUUUAUUUGCAUAAUAUGACAUUCAUAUUUGUUCUUGUAUAUUUUAUUUGGAAUAAAUCUUGCAUCCUCAUGA